CGCCCAUUCACCCGCUCGCAGUGUGUGCUUGAACGUUACAGUGUCCACUUGACUCGUGCAAGGACUUACAGUUAAAUCAUGAAUUCACGGUGUUUAAUAGUGCUAGCAGCCGCCCUCGGCGUGGCGGUCGGCCAGGAGAGCUUCAAAUGCCCGGAUGACUUCGGCUUCUACCCCCACCACAUCUCUUGCGACAAGUACUGGAAGUGUGACAACGGAGUCGCUGAACUCAAGACUUGCGGCAACGGUCUCGCCUUCGACGCCACCGACUCCAAAUACCUGACUGAGAACUGCGACUACCUCCACAACGUCGAGUGCGGCGAGAGGACACAGCUCGAGCCUCCGAUCUCAACCCCUCACUGCCAGAGGCUCUACGGUAUCUUCCCUGAUGAGGCCAAAUGCGACGUGUUCUGGAACUGCUGGAACGGUGAAGCUUCUCGCUACCAGUGCAGCCCCGGACUCGCCUACGACAGAGAAUCCCGUGUGUGCAUGUGGGCUGACCAGGUCCCCGAGUGCAAGAACGAGGAAGUAGCGAACGGUUUCUCUUGCCCCGCUCCCGGUGAGGUGUCAAACGCUGGCUCCUUCAGCCGUCACGCCCACCCCGAAGACUGCCGCAAGUACUACAUCUGUCUGGAGGGAGUCGCCCGCGAGUACGGAUGCCCCAUCGGCACCGUGUUCAAGAUCGGAGAUGCUGACGGCACAGGCAACUGCGAAGACCCCGAAGAUGUUCCCGGAUGCGAGGACUACUACGGGGAUCUGGAUCUGAAGACGAUCCGCAAGAGCGAGCUGCUCGCCGGCCUCCAGCAAGACGGCCAGACCCGCAACACGCCCAAGCAGCUCAAACCCCGCCCCCAAAAGGAGAACUAAAUACAAUCCCCCACCCCCUAACCUUUUAAUACUCACAUAGUUAACUAUAAACCAAUACUCUUCGCGCACUACGAGCAACUCCUAAUCUGACAGUUCUGGCUGAAUACAGAUCGUACAUUUGCUUUGUUAAAAAGAAAUCGUUGCUCAUGGUGUGUGGAGAUCGUGUUCCAGGUUCAAAAAUAUUCGAUUGUUUAGUGAGUGAGCUACAGUUGAUAUGUAUCACUUCUAGUUGCCAAAUACUUCUCGUUGUAGCUUCUUCGAACAGUUUCAUUGAGGCAAGUUAGGAAAUUAGUAAAACCAUACAGCGAUAGAUAUAUUUAUUAAUUUACAGUAUACCUAGUAUUUAUAGAGUCCUUUCAACAUUAUUAUAUCGAAACCAGUUAACCGAGCCUGUAUAAAGUUUGCACCAGAAACAACUCGAGCGUAUAGAGUUGUUUUGCAUUUAUGAUAAAAGUAGAUCUGUUUAAACCCAUGAGAACAUCGAUAUACUAUUGUAUCAGUUUGAAUACCAUGACCUUGUAAAUAUAUUAUUGUACUGAAUUAUUUCGCUGCGACUGAGUGUUGUUGUUUGAUAGAAACUGUAAUACUUAAGUUUUAUUUUUAGUGAUAAAAUAAACAAAAAUUUAUAAAAAUUAA